AUGAAGCUUCUGGUCAAGCUUUUGGAUGCGGGUCAGAGACUGCCGAUCCAUGCGCACCUUCAUCGGGAUUGGGCGAGAGAGCACGUUGGGGCGGCGCAUGGCAAGGCCGAGGCUUGGUAUCUUCUCACUCCGGGGUACGUGUACUUGGGUCUGAAGGAGGAUGUAUCCCUGGAGGGCCUCUUAGAUCUGGUUGUAAGGCAGGAUAUCGACGCGAUGCUCGGGAAGAUGAUGCGAUAG